AUGCGAGUGCCUUCCUUCUUUAUUACCCUACCUUCUCUUACACUCGGGACCCUGCAGGCAUAUGCGAGCGUCCUGACCAUCGCGCCGGUCUUGAAAAGCAACCCCUCGACCAGCAAGAUGGUGUACCCUCACAUGCUUUCUGUACUUUUCGUCCUGUGGGCGCUCUACGUUUAUCGCGACGUGUGGCCCCUCGCCACGUACACCCUCCAGCCUAUCGACGCGCACGAGGGGCCCGUUUUAUGGGUCCAGAUCUUCAUCCUCACGCUCGUCGCAGUAGUCAUACCAGUGGUCACUCCGCGCGGCGGCUCUGAGCUGAAGGAUACUCCCGGCCGCCCUGACCUCGAGGAAACCGCCUCUUUGUGGUCCCUCGUCACGUACUCUUUUCUCGACAACGUCAUAUGGAAGGCCUCGCAGAUGCCGCAUCUGCCCUUCGAUGGGCUUCCUCCUCUCGCCUUCCGCGAUCGCGCCGAAGACCUUGUUCGGCGGAUGUUUCCGUACCUCGACCCCUUUCAGGUGAAGAAGCGGAGGAACAUCGGUAUCGGCCUUCUCACAAUUUUCAAGGGGAACUAUUUGUGGUAUUGCGUCUUGUACUCCUUGCGGAUCGGUUCAAGAUUUGUGAGCCCUAUCGGAAUAUACAAGCUUCUCGAAUACGUGGAAACCAAGGGGGAAGGAGCCACCAUUCGUCCCUGGGUCUGGGUCGCGUGGCUCUUCGUCGGUCCCAUGGUCGGCACCCUCGCUCUCCAGUUCUAUAUGUUCUCUGCAACACGACUGCUCGCCCAAAGCCAGGCGAUCCUCACGCAGCUGAUCUUCAACCACGCUCUCCGCAUCCGCGUCAAAUCGGACGCUCCCCAGGCGGGGUCAAGCAGCGCCGCCGGAGGCUCCAAACCGUCCGCGUCAGGAAGCAUGGGCAAGAUCUACACGCUCGCGACCGCGGACGUGAACAACAUCGUCGCGGGGAGGGAGUUCCUGACGCUUUUCUUCCUCACCCCACUGCAGAUCCUGUUCAGCAUGAUCUUCCUGAACUCGAUUCUCGGAUGGAGCGCGAUGGUGGGCCUGGCGACUAUCAUCAUGCUGCUUCCCAUUCCUGGAAAAAUCGCGCAGUUCUCACGCAAGGCCCAAUCUCAAAAAAUGCGGAAGACUGAUGCACGCGUACAAGAAAUCACGGAAGUAACGACUGUCAUCCGAAUGAUCAAGCUGUUCGCAUGGGAGCGCCGCACGGCCGCACGCCUUGACGAGAAGCGCGAGGAGGAGUUGGUGUCCCUGCGCAAGUUCAGCGUGCUGGGGAUGGUCAACAGAAACGUCACCUAUUUCCUGCCGAUCAUCACGAUGAUCUCGACAUUCUUUACAUAUACGGUCAUUAUGGGAAAUCAGCUCACAGCGUCGCGAGUUUUCUCAGCCAUGACAGUGUUCGACAUCAUCCGGAGCCAGCUCGAGAGCGCCUCCUGGAUCCUCCCAGACAUGACCAAAGCGAAAGUCUCCCUCGACCGCGUGACAGCGUUCCUCUACGAUUCCGAGCUGCUCGACGAGCACACACCCGAUGCCGCCCUUUCCGCGCGCGACGACGUCCUCGGCGUUUGCAACACCACCUUCGCGUGGUCGCGCGACGGCCUCGCGGACGCGGACGCGCGCCCGUUCGCGCUGCGCGUCGGUGACGAGCUCCGGUUCGAGCGCGGGCACGUGAACGUCGUCGUAGGUCCGACGGGCUCGGGCAAGACCGCGCUCCUGCUCGGGCUGCUGGGGGAGAUGCACGCGGUGCCCGGGGGUCCGGACGCGUACGUCGGGCUGCCGCGCGCGGCGGGGAUCGCGUACGUGCCGCAGGAGGCGUGGAUCCAGAGCGACACGAUCAAGGCCAAUAUAGUUUUCGGCGCGCCGAUGGACGAGGACAGGUAUCAACAAGUGCUCCACCAGUGCUGCCUCGGGCACGAUCUCGGCCUUUUCGAGGACGGCGAUUUGACACAAAUCGGAGAGCGAGGGAUAACGCUCAGUGGCGGACAGAAGGCACGCGUGUCUCUCGCUCGAGCGGUUUACUCGUCUGCAGAUACGGUGCUCAUUGACGACGUAUUCGCCGCGCUCGACGUACACACGUCACGAUGGAUCUUAGAAAAGUGCCUCAAUGGGAAUCUUAUGCGUGGCAGGACGGUUAUCUUGGUUACCCACCACGUUGCCCUUCUCAGCCGCAUCGCGUCCUACAUGGUUGUGAUGGGUACGAGCGGCCAGAUCGCGACACACGGUAAGUGGGAAAAGGUCGCCGCGGAAGACCGUGAGGCGUUUGCGCACCAUGUCGGGGAAGACGAGAAGGAGCUGGCCGUUGAAGCUGAGGCCGAAGAAUCGCAACCGCUUCAUUAUGGCAAAGCCGUAGCACGCCCCGCUCCCCAUGCGGCAAAGAAUCUGGUUGCGGCUGAAGAGGUGUCCGUCGGGCACGUCGCCUGGCCGGCCAUCCGCGCGUACUUUUCCAGUAUGGGCGGCCACCACCGCGUCCUCUUCUGGACCGCAGUGGUGACCUUCAUCAUCGCUUCGCAGCUGCUCGCGGUGUUGCAAACGUACUGGCUCGGCUACUGGGCUCUACAGUAUUCCAACCAGGAUCCUAGCAACGUGCACGAGUCCUACUUCCUUGGUAUCUAUGCUCUUCUUCUUGCCGGCGAUGUGUCUCUUCUGUGGGCCGGCUACCUCGUCUACCUGUACGGGACACUGCGGGCUGCACGUACGAUCCACCGUGAUUUGGUCGACUCCAUCCUCGGCUCGACGCUAAGGUGGCUCGAUACGAUCCCCUCCUCGCGAAUAAUCACGCGGUGCAUUUCGGACAUCCAAACCCUCGACGGCCCACUCGCCAACUCCCUCCGCGCGCUGCUCGAGCAGACCGCGUCGAUGGCCGCCAAGUUCGCGGCGAUCAUCUUCGUCUCCCCCGCCUUCGCGCUCCCCGGCGCGAUCUUCGCGGUCGUCGGUCGCUGGGCAGGCCUGCUCUACAUCAAGGCCCAGCUGCCCGUGAAGCGUGAGCAGAGCAACAAGAAGGCGCCGAUCCUGAGCCACCUCGGCGCGACCGUCGCCGGGCUGGUCAGUGUCAGGGCGUACGGGGCCCAGGACCGGUUCAUCAAGGAGGCGUUCGAUAGGAUGGACGACUUCUCGCGCGCGACGCGGACGCUCUUCAACCUGAAUCGAUGGAUCUCCCUCCGCUUGGAGGCACUCUCUUCCCUGAUCGCUGCUUGCCUGGGAGCCUACCUGAUCUAUUGGACCCACUCCGAUGCCGCGACUACCGGGUUCGCCUUGAACAUGGCAGAUAUCCUAGUCGGGUUUAGUGGUAUGAUUCUCUGGUGGAUCCGGAACUUGAACGACUUCGAGGUUAACGGUACCUUGGAGCGCGUGGAGCAGUACAAGAACAUCGAGCAUGAGCCGGCGCCCACACCGUCAGGGGUACCUCCUGCCUACUGGCCAGCCAGCGGCAGCCUUCGGGUCGAGAGAUUGUCAGCGAGGUAUUCAACGGACGGCCCUACGGUCUUGCACGGGAUCUCCUUCGAGAUAAAGUCGGGCGAGCGAGUGGGGAUAGUGGGCCGGACUGGGAGCGGCAAGAGCUCCCUAGCACUCGCCCUCCUCCGCCUGAUCUUCACCGAAGGCGAGGUCUACCUCGACGGCAUCCGCACCGACACCCUCAAUCUCGACGCCCUCCGCUCCAGCAUCACCAUCAUCCCGCAGAUCCCCGAGCUCCUCAGCGGCACCCUCCGCCGGAACCUCGACCCCUCCUCCUCGUUCUCCGACGCGGACGCGCUCUCCGCCCUGCGCACCGCCGGCGUCUCCUCCCUCCAGCGUUCCUCACCCCCCGACAGGGACCGCCGCGCCGCGCCCCUCACGCUCGACGCCGCCAUCGCCCCCGGCGGCGCGAACCUGUCCGUCGGGCAGCGGCAGAUCGUCGCGCUCGCCCGCGCGCUCCUCCGGGGCUGCAAGCUGCUCGUGCUCGACGAGGCAACGUCCGCGAUCGACUACAAGACGGACGCGGCGAUCCAGCGCUCGCUGCGCGAGGUCGUCGCCCGGGACGUGACCGUGCUCACGAUCGCGCACCGGCUCCAGACGGUCAUGGACGCGGACAAGAUCCUGGUGUUGGACUCGGGUCGCGUCGCCGAGUUCGGCGCGCCCGCCGAGCUCCUCACGAACCAGGACGGCCACCUGACCGCGUUGGUGAACGAGAGCGGCGACAAGGACGCGCUGCUCGCCAUGGCCGCCGCCGCGAGCGCAAGGGAGGACGUUUGGAUUACGAACGUUGUAUAG